AUGGUUGAUCCGUCGUGGGUGCGUGGCGUGACGCACUGGAUCGAAAUCAGCCUCUGCCUCGUCACGCUCAUCUUCAACCUAUCCCUCAUCUGUCUCAUCCUGACGACAAAAUCCAAGGUUUUGCAUGGAUAUAAAUAUCUUCUGCUUCUGUUCUCGCUAUGUGAACUCGGCUUUUCCAUUACGCAUAUGCUCAUGGAACCGAUCCUACUCGUGAUCGGCAACUGGGUCGUAUUUUUCGGCUAUGGUGCGAUGGGAGCCCAUCCUGCCGGACCGCCGCUAAUGUUUUUAUGGAUAUCUUUUCUAUCCCAGAUUGUCCUCUGCCUUACCCUACACUUCGUCUAUCGCUAUGUAAUGGUCGUCAAAACGGAGUGGGCAUUCUUAUUCAAAUCAUGGCAUCUGCUUUUCCUGCUAUUCUCGCUGUAUGCCGGCUUCUCGCUGGCUCUUUUCGUGAUUCCGGUUUUGUAUUCCACCCCUGGCAAACUGCUGGUACCCCAACUUGCCGAGCGCCUCGCCUCAAUGGGGUUGUCACAGCAGGACGUGACCGUACUUGGCGCGCCAAUUAGCAAAGCUACCAUAGAUGGCGAUCGCGAGUACAACACCUUUUUCUUGGGCCUCGCCGCCACGGCGCUGGCCGUCAAUGUCGGCGCGUUUGCGACGAUUUUGUAUUGCGGCACUGGGAUUCACAAAUUUUUAAAGAUGGCCGUAAUUUCUGAAAGGACGCGCCGGCAGCAGCGUCAAUUGUUUAGAGCAUUAGUCGUACAGACCACCGUCCCAAUGGUGUGCAUUUUCAUCCCGGCAAUCGUUUUUGCGCUCGGCUCAGUGUUUGAGAUUGACGUAGGCGUUGCAUAUUUCCCGCUCUUCACCCUAUUUGUGGUAUUCCCGGUGCUAGAUCCGCUGAUCAUAGCCUACUUCAUCACCGACUACAGACGCACAUUGAAGGCGUUCGUCUCGCGCGUCACCCAUGUAUUUGACUAUGAACAAUCGGAGAGCUCCCUCCAGGACGAGCCGCUGAACGCGUCGCAUGACAAAGGAGACUUUCCUGUGCCCCUG